AUGCAGGCUUUUGUAAGUGGGAAGAAAAGGAUUGUAAACCAAGGCCAAGGAAUGUGUUUCUCUAAAGGAAAUCUUGACCUCGGUUCACGGUUGUUGUCUGAGAAUUUUCGGGACGAACCUUUGAUUCCGGGAUUGUCUGAUGAUGUGGCAAAGCUGUGUCUGGCGCUUGUUCCGCGUUCCAACUUCCCUUCCAUGGGAGGAGUCUGUAAGAAAUGGAGGUUUGUUGUCCAAAGCAAAGAGUUUAUUACCGUUAGAAGACUCGCCGGUAUGCUUGAGGAGUGGCUCUAUGUCUUAACAAUGAAUUCUGGAGGAAGAGAGAGCCAAUGGGAGGUGAUGGACUGUUUGGGACGUAAGCUAUCAUCUCUUCCACCGAUGCCCGGUCCUGCAAAAACAGGGUUUAAGGUGGUUGUGGUUGACGGGAAACUCCUUGUUAUUGCUGGUUACUCUAUGAUCAACGGUUCUCAUGUUGCAUCUUCUGAUGUUUAUCAGUAUGAUACUUGCCUCAACAGCUGGAGCAGGCUAGCAGACCUGAAGGUAGCUCGCUAUGACUUUGCUUGCGCUGAGGUGAAUGGGCUUGUUUAUGUGGCGGGAGGUCACGGGGUAGAUGGCGAGAGUCUGUCUAGUGCAGAGGUGUAUGAUCCAGAGACGGGCAUAUGGACUUUCAUAGAGUCUCUGAGGCGUCCGAGAUGGGGAUGUUUUGCUAGUGGCUUCAACGGGAAGCUCUACGUGAUGGGUGGGAGAUCCAACUUCACAAUUGGCAACUCAAAAUAUGUUGAUGUGUACAACCCUCAAUGCGGCUCCUGGUGUGGCAGCAAAAACGGUUUAACUAUGGUCACAGCUCAUGUUGAAGUAGGAAAAAAACUGUUCUGUAUCGAAUGGAAGAACCAGAGGAAGAUGUCGGUGUUCAAUGCUGAAAAUGAAACCUGGGAAGUGGUGGCUCUUCCGCUGUCAGGAAGUUCGAGGGCCGGGUUUCAGUUUGGUAAGCUGAGUGGAAAGCUUCUGCUUUUUUCGUCUCAGGAAGAAACCGGUCACAGCACUUUACUGUAUGACCCAGAUGCUGCACCAGGCAGGCAGUGGAAAUCAUCUGAGAUAAAACUGUCUGGUUCGUGCGUAUGCAGCGUCACAAUCACAGCCUGA